CACGUGAAUUUGCAGCAUACUUUGCAUCUUGGCUUUUUUCCUCCUCUUCUGUGUCAACUUUUGUCUCCUAUGUGAUCAUAUUGCCUUCAUUCAAGAAAAGAUGAGUAAUGGAUUCUUUUCUUUGUUGCUAUUUGCUGUUACAGCUAGCGGAGUCUUGAAAGGAUUUGACCCUCUUCUGAACCUUGUGCUUGAUGGUACCAUUGAAUAUAUGAGAGAUCCAGAUGAUCAGUACAAAUUAACAGAAGACACACGCCAACUGGGACUAGUGGUCUGCAGAGGAACUUCUGUGGUUCUCAUUUGUCCGCAGGAUGGAAUGGAAGCUAUUCCAAACCCUUUCAUUCAGCAGCAAGAUGGCUAAUGCUUUCUUGGGACUGUCUCUGAAGACUUCAAGGGUGCAAAUCAUUGGAGGAAACUAUCAAUGUGUGAAAACUUUCUGUUUUGGGGGAGGAGUUUGAAUGUGUGUUUGCUAGUGUGAAAGAUCAAUCAACUUUUAUUUUAUGGCUUUCUGUAAGUGGUGAGAGGAUGGCUCAUGCUGUGUAAGAAGUUCAGUUCUGAUCUUGUUGAAAUAAACCUGAAACUCUUCAUUCUUUAGAGUUGACAGGAGAGAGUAUAUCAUCUAGAAAUUGUAUGAGACCUUCUUGAUAUUGUGAGUUUUGAACCAACCACGUAAUGUUAGUAAAGAGCGCCCUGAAGAUUGGUAAUAUGACUUAAAUUUUUAAAUACAUUUUUAGAACAUGAUUUUGUUCCUCUUAGAUGUCAGCACGUAGCUGGGAAGCGUUUUGCAUUGUGUUUUAGGCUUUCUGCUCUUGAGUUCCAUCUGUUUUGCCUGCUUGCUCCAGUACAUGCAGGAAAAUUCCUUUUGUUGUGUGAUACCUUGUUAUCACCUUUACAAACUACGUACCUAAGAAGAUAUUUUCUAGGACUUGUUCCAAAUCUUGUGGGCUGUGGUCUGUGACAUCAGAAUGUUCCUGCAUUUCUAGAGAAAGACUAGACUAACUUCUAGGGUAAAUGCUGUGUCUUGGCUGAGUGACAGGAACAUUAUGGAAGUAUUUGUUUGAUAGUUGGAAUUUUAGGGGAAGAAUAUUUAAGAUCCUAAUGUUCUAUUACAGGUAGUGCCUGGGAAUAUUGGAUAUUUUUGUAUCUUAGAUGUCCAUUUGUGGUUUUGCUGGUUAUAAUUUCCUUUGUAAGUAAGCAUUUUUUUUAACUUCUUUUAUACUUCAUAAAUAGCAAGAUUUGAGGAGUUGUGAAUGAAUAAAUACAAUUUAGUCUGUUCUUA